AUGGCUGGCAAACCUCCUUAUGGGGGACCAUCGCAGCACGACGACCUGCUGCUCGACCUUGACGACCAGCCCGUCUACAGCCAGGGCCAGCGCUCCGCCCUGAACGAUGACGACCUCCUCGCCUCCGACGCCUACGACCACGAUGGCGCGCAACCCCGGCCCUCCGUCUCCUACGAUGACUUCGUCGGCGCCGGCCAACCAUCACAUGCCUCCCUGGCCUCGCCCCAACUGUCGUCACCCCCGGGCUCGGGGAGGCCCGCCGGCCCCUACGCCGACGGGGGGAACAGGCAGUACAGCCAGACCUCCGAGUUGGGUAACUACCAGCGCUACGCCGACGACGACAUCGAUGACUACGCCGAGGACGGCGCCCACUACUACCAACACGGCAGCGGUGCCGGCGCACAGGGGGGCUAUCAAUCGCAAGGCAGGAGUACUGCGAGGAACAGGAACAGCGUGCUGGGCCUCGGCGGCGGCAUAGUAGGCCGGGCGAAGAACAUGCUGGGCAUGGGUCAGGGCUAUUCCGAGAUGGAUCUUCCGCUCACCGAGCCCGGCGCGCAACGGAACGGGCCCGCCGCAGAUGCCGGCGCGCAGCACAAGUCGGGCAAGAAGGGAUUCGACAUGGGAAACUUCAAGUUCGGUUUCGGCCGUGGCAAGCCCGACCCCUCGACCCUGGGGCCGCGCAUCAUCCACCUCAACAACCCCCCCGCGAACCAAGCGAACAAGUACGUCGACAACCAUGUUUCCACCGCGAAAUACAACGUCGCCACCUUCCUGCCCAAGUUCCUCUUCGAGCAGUUCUCCAAAUACGCAAACAUCUUCUUCCUUUUCACCUCCGCGCUGCAACAGAUACCCAACCUUUCUCCCACGAACCAGUACACUACCAUAGGACCCCUGAUUGUCGUGCUCUUGAUCUCGGCCGGCAAGGAAUUAGUCGAGGACUACCGGAGGAAACAGGCCGACAGGUCCCUGAACAUGUCCAAAGCCAGGGUGCUGCGCGGGUCCGAAUUCACAGACACGAAGUGGAUCAACGUCGCGGUUGGCGACGUCGUCCGUGUCGAGUCCGAGGAGCCAUUCCCCGCCGAUCUCGUUCUGCUUGCCAGCUCCGAACCGGAGGGCCUCUGCUACAUCGAAACCGCGAACCUCGACGGAGAGACGAACCUGAAGAUCAAGCAGGGUCUGCCCGAGACCGCCGCCUUGGUUAGCUCGAGCGACCUGGGCCGGCUUGGGGGGAAGAUCAAGUCCGAACAGCCCAACAGUAGUCUAUAUACAUACGAAGCGACGAUGACGAUGCAGGCGGGGGCUGGAGAAAAGGAGCUGGCCUUGAACCCGGAGCAGCUGCUCCUGCGUGGCGCGACGCUCCGUAACACCCCGUGGAUCCACGGCGUUGUUGUUUUCACUGGCCACGAAACGAAGCUCAUGCGCAACGCGAAUGCCGCCCCGAUCAAGAGAACCAAGGUGGAGAAGCAGAUGAACCUCCUAGUGCUGAUGCUCGUCGGCACUCUGCUUAUCCUCAGCAUUGUCUGUACAGUCGGCGAUCUCAUCAUGAGGAGUGUUGAGGGCAGCGCUCUUGGAUAUCUGGAGUUGACCGCUCUCUCAACAGCUGGCUUGGUUGCAAAGCAAUUUGCCCAAGAUAUGGUCACUUACUGGGUCCUCUUCUCUGCGCUCGUGCCCAUCUCCCUAUUCGUCACCGUCGAAAUGGUCAAGUACUGGCAUGGAAUCCUCAUCAACGACGACCUUGACAUGUACUACGACAAGAACGAUACCCCUGCCAACUGUCGAACCUCCAGCUUGGUGGAAGAACUCGGAAUGGUCGAGUACGUAUUCUCGGACAAGACGGGCACGCUGACCUGCAAUAUGAUGGAGUUCAAGCAGUGCUCGAUUGCCGGGAUUAUGUACUCGGAAGAUGUACCCGAGGACAGGCGAGCCACUGUCCAGGAUGGCGUUGAGGUUGGCAUUCACGAUUUUAAGCGACUUCGCGAGAACACGACGUCACAUGAGACAGCGCCUGUCAUCGAACAUUUCCUGGCCCUGUUGUCCACCUGUCACACAGUUAUCCCGGAGAACGACGGCGCUGGCAACAUCAAAUACCAGGCUGCGUCGCCCGAUGAGGGUGCCUUGGUCGAGGGUGCGGCCGUCCUCGGAUACAAAUUCACUGCCCGCAAGCCUCGAUCCGUCAUUAUAGAAGCGGGCGGCCAAAGUUACGAGUACGAGCUUCUCGCCGUCCUUGAGUUCAACUCGACGAGAAAGAGGAUGUCAACGAUCUUCCGGUGUCCCGAUGGCAAGAUACGGUGCUAUUGCAAGGGUGCAGAUACCGUCAUCUUGGAACGCCUGAACGAUAACAAUCCGCAUGUUGAAGCGACGCUGCAGCACCUCGAAGAGUAUGCCUCAGAAGGUCUGCGGACCCUCUGUCUUUCCAUGCGGGAAAUUCCUGAGCAGGAGUUCCAAGAGUGGUAUGGCAUCUUCGACAAGGCGUCCACGACCGUGGGCGGAAACCGUGCCGAAGAGCUGGACAAGGCCGCAGAGCUCAUUGAGAAGGACUUCUACCUGUUGGGGGCGACCGCUAUUGAGGAUCGGCUUCAAGACGGUGUCCCCGAGACCAUCCAUACUCUCCAACAGGCAAGCAUCAAAGUCUGGGUCCUGACAGGCGACAGGCAGGAGACUGCCAUCAACAUUGGUAUGAGUUGCAAACUUCUUAGCGAGGACAUGAUGCUACUCAUCGUCAACGAGGAGUCCGCUGCCGCAACAAGGGACAAUCUCCAGAAGAAGAUCGAAGCCAUCAGGACACAGGGCGGCGGGACGAUCGAGACGGAGACGCUGGCCCUCAUUAUUGACGGGAAGUCGCUCACCUACGCUCUUGAGAAGGACAUGGAGAAGCUAUUCCUGGAUCUGGCUGUCAUGUGCAAGGCCGUCAUCUGCUGCCGUGUCUCGCCCCUGCAGAAAGCGCUCGUCGUGAAGGUGGUCAAGAAGUAUCAAAAGCAGGCCAUCACCCUUGCUAUUGGCGACGGUGCCAACGAUGUUUCGAUGAUCCAAGCGGCGCACAUCGGCGUAGGCAUCAGUGGUCUGGAAGGUCUCCAAGCUGCGCGGAGUGCAGAUGUGUCGAUAGCGCAGUUCCGUUUCCUCCGCAAGCUGCUUCUGGUGCACGGCGCCUGGAGCUACCACCGAGUGAGCAAGACGAUAUUGUUCUCGUUCUAUAAGAACAUCACGCUGUACCUGACACAGUUCUGGUACACAUUCCAGAACGUGUUCUCCGGUGCUAUCAUCUACGAGUCCUGGACGCUCUCCUUGUACAACGUCUUCUUCACUGUCUUGCCCCCGUUGGCCAUGGGCAUCCUGGACCAGUUCGUGUCGGCUCGCCUCCUGGAUCGUUAUCCUCAGCUGUACAACCUGGGCCAGAGCAACCGUUUCUUCCGUCUGAGAGUGUUCGUUGCGUGGAUCGCUAAUGCUGUGUACCACUCACUCAUACUCUACAUUUUCGGCGUGCUCCUCUGGCCAUGGGACCUUAUCCAGGGCGACGGGAAGACGGCCGGCCACUGGGUGUGGGGCACCGGGAUGUACGGUGCGGUUCUACUCACGGUGCUGGGCAAAGCCGGACUGGUGACGAACAACUGGACAAAGUACCACGUAAUAGCUAUACCUGGUUCGAUGGCCUUUUGGAUCGCCUUCAUUGCGGCCUACGCCACCGUGGCGCCUAUGGUGGCCGUAUCGGAGGAGUAUUUUGGCACCGUGCCGCGGAUAUUCUCCAGCCCCGUCUUCUGGCUGCAGAUAUUGGUGUUGCCGGUGCUGUGCCUGCUCCGAGAUGUGGGAUACAAGUAUGCAAAGCGGAUGUACAGGCCCCAGAAUUACCACCACAUCCAGGAGAUCCAGAAGUACAAUAUCCAGGACUACAGGCCCAGGAUGGAGCAAUUCCAAAAGGCGAUUCGCAAGGUACGCCAGGUACAACGCAUGCGCAAGCAGAGAGGGUACGCCUUCUCGCAGGCGGACGAGUCGCAGACACGCGUGCUCCAGGCGUACGACACGACGCAGAACAGAGGAAGGUAUGGAGAGAUGGCCUCGUCGAGGCCGCAUUAG